AGGAAAGACAAGGGAACCGCUUCCGCCGGCGUCACUUCCGUUUCCAGAGAGUUCCCCGAACACACGGAGGACAAACGCAGGAGCACCGCGAGAGCGAGCGAGCAGCCGGAGGAGGCUUCUAGAAACAACGUGCACCGGGACCGACCGACCGACCGACCGACCGGCGGAGAACCAACAACCCGCUUUCCUGCGCGACGUGACUGACCGAAAAUGGCGAAGUGGGGGGAAGGAGACCCGCGAUGGAUCGUGGAGGAGAGAGCCGACGCGACCAACGUCAACAACUGGCACUGGACCGAACGGGACGCGACCACCUGGUCGUCGGACAAGUUGAAAGCUCUGCUGCUCGGCCUGAGCGUGGAGAGCGACGAGGGGCGCUGCGAGGUCACGGAGGUCAGCAAGGCGGAGGGAGAGGCCUCCAUCAACAACCGCAAAGGGAAGCUCAUCUUCUUCUACGAGUGGAGCCUGAAGGCCACGUGGACCGGAGAGUCCAAAGCAGGAGUCAAAUCCACGGGAACCAUCGAGGUUCCCAACCUGUCUGACGAGAACGACAUGGAGGACCUGGACAUCUCCGUAUCUCUGAAUAAAGACGAGCCUGAAACGCCGCUGACCGACCUGAUGAAGAAACUCGGGGUGGAGAAGAUCCGGGAGGUGCUGGGCAGCUACGUCGGGUUCCUGAAGACAGAGUUCACUCAGGGGAUGAUCCUCCCCACGGCCAACGGCCUCAAGUGCUCCUCACAGUCCAAAGCCACGCUGGACAAGACCCGGAUCUCGUCCUCCUCCUCCGGCUCUUCUGCUCCCGUCAACACCGGCGUGAAGAUCCCAACCUGCAAGUUCAGCAUGAGGGAAAAGUUCCUCACGUCGCCGGCUGACCUCUACCGGGUGUUCCUCAACCAGGAGAUGACGCAGGCGUUCACUCACGCUCCGGCCACGGUGGACGGAGAGAAGGGAGGGAAGUUCCGUCUGCUGGAAGGAAACGUGUUUGGUGAAUUCACAGAGCUGGUUCCCGAUGAGAAGAUCGUGAUGAAGUGGCGGUAUAACAACUGGCCCUGUGAGCAUUACUCCACCAUCACCAUGUCGUUCUGGGACCGGAGCAGCGAGACGGAGCUGAAGGUGGAGUGUCGCGGCGUCCCGGAGGACGAGGAGGAGCGGACCAAGGAGGGCUGGAGGAGAUACUACUUUGAGGCUAUCAGACAGACUUUUGGCUACGGAGCGCGGCUCUACUGAGCGCUGCUGCCGGAGCUCCUCGUCUUCAUCUUCAUCUUCUUCUUCCUCUCUGUUUUUGGAUAUUUUUUAACUUCUCGUAGCCAGAGUCGACUAACGGACGGUCUCGAGCGUAAAUGUUUUAACGUGUCGGCGUAUUGAUUCUCGAUCGGCCCCCGUCAGUAUUUGAGGAGCCUUCGGGACUCUGGAUUAAAUAAAGCAAAGAAGGAUCCAUUGAACCACUCGAGCUAAUUGGCCCCCAACGUCUAUGAAUAUGUAAUUACUGCAGGAGUUAGAAUACAUGUUUGGUUUUCUUUUACAGGGACCCCCCCACCCUGAUAUUAUUAUGUUUUUUCUUAUUAUAAGUGUAGUGAAGAUGCAUGUUUCAUUUCAGCCGGAGGAACUCUGAAGUCUUUUCUUUGUUCAUUAGAUCAAACUCGUGCACAGCUUCACCGUAUUCGGCUUCAACAUUUCCAGUAAAAAAAGAAAAGGAGUUGUUCAGAGUGAAACGCAUCUAUUUAUUCAUUAUUCACGGUUAGUUUCUUGGAAUAAACCAAUCCCUGGAUGCUCUUGAA